CUUCUCGAUUGAGUCAGUUGCGGUGGUUUUCAGCAAAAUGCGUUAGAUUUUCCGUUGCUUUGGUUUCUCCAUUGAAUAUCUCACUGUCAAAGGAACUUUUUGAGCACCAACUGUGAGCCAAGAAGCCCUCUUCUUACAUAUAAUGUGGAAAAACAUCAGUCAAUCUUUAUCAGGAGCUAAUGAAGAGCAAGGCGAGAGCUUGUUGGGUGAGGAGUCUGGUGGUCUCUGCUCUUUGUCUACAACGCAGAGAAUUUAUGGAUUUGCUGCUUGUUUGAUUGCUGGUCUGGCUUGCAUGUUACUGUCAAUGAUUGUUUUUGCCAAACCCAUUAAGUUUGCAGUAUUGUUCACCUUCGGCAACCUGUUAGCAGUUGGAAGUACAGCCUUUCUUCUUGGACCUGCGCAACAAUUGGGAAUGAUGUUUGAACCUGUUCGUGUUUUUGCAACAGCCAUAUACCUUGGCUGUGUUGUUGUAGCACUUAUUUGUGCUCUCUUGAUCCAUAGCAAGCUAUUGACCAUAAUUGCUAUCAUAAUUGAGAUUGGUGCCCUAAUUUGGUACAGCCUGAGUUAUAUACCUUUUGCUCGAAGAAUGGUUUCUGAUUUGAUGAUCCGAUUAUGUGAUACAGAGCUUUAAAAAAAAAAAAUGCAAUCCAAGGUUGUUUCAUGUUUUCUCUAGUAUACAUGGUUGCUCGGUGUUUUCGAGUUGGCAGCAUUACUGAUUGAUAUAAAGUUCAGAUAUUAGCUUUUGCGCCCCAUGGAACUUCUUGCUGGCCUUUAUGAGAAAUUUGUGUUCAUGUCCCAAUUCUUUCCCUUUCCCUUGAAAUAUUGAAUUAAAAAUUUGUUACACGGUUAUUGAAAAGGUUACAAACAAAAUGUGAUUAUAUUUAGUGUUCAGGAGUUGCUUAGCAUGUACCCCCAAAUCUUAUAAA